CUUGUCCUGAAAAUGUUCAACAAGAAACCGCGAAGAAACUUCAGGCAAAGGAAAGGACAAUCGAGCGAUGAAGAUGAACAACAGAAGAGCGGAGAGGAUGAUGGAAGUAAAACACAAGCUACCGCUUCUAGCAUAAAGCCCGUCAAGUUGCCGCAGAAUCGGGGAAUCUCAUGCAGUUCCAAGCGGGAGGCGAUGUCACCCAAGUCGGACUCGAGUGGUGCUGAAGACGCGGUAGAAUAUGGUACUAGCGGGCCGAUCGUUGGCACUAGACCGCCUAACAGUAAAGAGGACAAGGAUGGACGGAAGAAGAAAGGAAACGUGCUCAGCUUCUCUAAUGAGAAAGAAGGAUCUGAGUUCAAACUAAAGAAAUCGUCAGAUAAAGCUGUGGUCUUCCAAGCCAGGAGAAAGGAGGCUUCCCCUGCAAAGACCUCCCGGCCUACUGCCAGGAAAGAUGUGAAUGUGGUUGGGUCCCAGAAAGAGAGGUCCGGUAGCAAUGUGUCCGGAGAAGAACUGUCAUCAGAGAGUGACGGAGAGGGAGGUGCCAAGUCAACCACAUCCAGCUCUGCCUCCUCCAUGUCCUCCACAUCCUCCAAGUCCUCCACUCAGAAACAGAAACCAGUGGAGAUCCCAGAUGCAAGAAGGAUCCAGGCGGCCAGAAGGCAGCGUCAGGCGGCCAGAGCCCAGAAAGACUAUAUCUCCCUGGGGAGAGAUGGGGAGAGCUCCCCCCGGACCCCAGACCAGGACCUGGAGGAACGCACUGACGAAGAUUAUGAUGAUGAUGAGCCAGACGACCAUGAACGCAGGAUUGAGUUUGCCCCGCGGUCCAAAACCAUCAGGGAGAGGAUAGCAGAGAAGAUUGGAGGUAGUGGUGCUAGUGAGUCUGACGACCAGGAGAGCGAGGACAACAACCUCUGGGAGGAGCAACAGAUUGGAAAGGGAGUCAAGAGACACCCUGGGGAACAGAGUCCAUCAGGCAGUGAGGGCAGUGGCUCUGUGAGGAGCAGUAGUAGUAGACGGAAACAGAGAGUCAACAUCCCAGAGUGUCUGCCUCCCAUCAGCCUCAGCGUGGUGAAGAAGAGGAUCACUGGGAAACUGUAUGAUCUGCGGGAGGUCCACAGGGCUCAUGAGGCAGACCUGAGGAGGAUGGAGGUGGACAUGGACAGCUCUAGAACCUCUCUGGAGAACCUGGAGAACAGUUCCUCCGAUCGCCAGCUUCAGUUCUACCGGGACACCAACACCUACAUUCAGAACCUGGUGGAAUGUCUCGGAGAGAAGGUGGUAGAGAUCAACAGUGUGGAGGUGGACAUGCACACUCUUCUGUCUGACCAGGCGGAGGUACUGUUGUCAAGGAGACGAGAGGCCAUACGGCAGGAGUCAUCUCGCCUACAGCAGCUCAGCUAUGCCACUGAUCCACAAAGUGAAGGAGACUCUGGGGAAAGCGGGAAUGAAAAAACAAAUAAAAGUGAGCCAGGUGAGGAAGACUAUGGUAGCCUGACGGCCGACAGCGAGCCUUCCCCUGAGGAAGAGGCAGAACUGCAGAGGGAGAGAGCGGAGAUCCUGAGCAGGUCCCAGGAUGUGUUCUGUGACGUGCAGGAGGACUUCUGGGAGGUGAAAAAGGUUCUGUCUCGCUUCAACGAGUGGAGAGUAGCCUUCUCCGAGUCCUACCACUCAGCCUACAUCAGCCUCUGUCUGCCCAAACUACUCAACCCACUCAUCAGACACCAACUUUUAGGCUGGAACCCCCUACAGGCUGCAGGAGAGGACUUUGAGGCUCUGCCGUGGUUCUCUGCUGUAGAGACGUUCUGUCACGGACUGGGUUACCAGGAGGCAGAGCACACUGACAGGAAAACACUGCCUGCUAUCAUAGAGAAGACUCUCCUGCCCAAGAUACAAGGUUUUGUGGAGUUGGUGUGGGACCCUCUGUCCAGCCGUCAGUCUCUGUGUCUGUCUGAGCUGUGUCACAGGCUGCAGGAUGACUACUCUCUGUUUGAGGGAGAGCAGAGCAAACCGGUCAAGGCGUUUGUUGAAGCAGUGAGUGGUAGAUUGAGGAGUUCAGUGGAUGAUGAUGUCUUCAUUCCUCUGUACCCUAAGAAGUUUUUAGAUGACAAGUCCUCUCCACAAAGGAGGUUCAGAGACCAGCAGUUCUGGACAGCUGUGAAGCUCCUUGGUAACAUUGGCCAGUGGGAUGGGUUGAUAUCUGAACAUGUUCUGAAGGAGCUAAUGUUGGACAAACUCCUGAACCGUUACCUGAUGAUGCCACUACUCAACGAGACCCACUCACAUGACUCUGUCCACACAUGUAAAAAGGUUGCUGUGUGUUUUCCUAAGUCCUGGUUUAAAGACGUGAGCUCCUGUCCCUCUCAGCUGAAGUCCUUCAGUGACCACCUCCUCCAGACUGCCCAUUCAGUCUGCAAACAGCAGCCUGACCACCCCAACACACGGUCUGUGGUGAGUGAUGUGCUGACUGUUUUGGGAAGCAUCCAGGCCUGGGACAAGGUAGAGACGAUAUCGGACAAAUACCAUUACAAAGACCUGGUGGACACACUCAACCUGUCCUAGUGUGUCCUACUGUGUCAACCAUACAUCAUGUAAUAUCUGUUGUAAUUGUGUGUAUUACACAACUUUAUUUGUACUUUUUUAUAUAUAAAUAAAUAUUUGAGUUCUGUUAA